AUGACGCGCCGCGCGGCGGACGCGCCGAGCGCCGACGGGGCGCUCUUCCCGUGCAUCUUGUCGGACUACGAGUCGCCGCUGCUGCACCGCCUGCUGCCCGGCCACCCUGGAAGUGGCACCGCCUCUGCCGCGUCGCACGGCGAGCCUGGACCGCGGGCCGCCUCGAACGGCGCGGUCCAGGACGCACCGAGGGAUCAGAGUGCCGUCACGAACGCUCAAUCGACGAAAGUCGUCCAUUCCAAGUCGGCAGAGGAGGACGGAGAUGUCGCGUCUCCACAGACUCCGCGAACGGGCCACGGCGCAGCGGGCACGGCGCCGCACAGCGUGCUGGAUCAGAACGGAUCGCACAGUCACGCGAGCAGCGCGAACGGAGCGUCGCAUGCGGUGCAGGCGGCGCACACGGGCGAUGCGAGCCUCCGUGGCAGCACUCCUGUGGAAUUGCCGUGGCAUACGGCCCGCUGCGGCGUGCUCGACGUGCCAAUCGUGCCGCAGAAGUUCCGCGCGGACGACACCUACGGCCUCGAGGCGCAUCGUGACGCGCACGCGGAGUGCGCGGCGAAAAUCUCCUUUCUCAUGGACUUGGGUCUCGCCGGCGGGUCGCGUGUGCAGCUCAAGAGCGCGAACAGCUCGGAGAAGUACGCGACGAUCUGGUGCAUCGACGAGCCGGAGGACGCCGACGACGAAGACGACGAGCUGCGCGACGCAGUGCUCGUUUCGCCCAUUCUAGCCGCCGACCUGGGCAUCCCGCACGCUCCGGAGCAGCUCCUGGACCGGAAACCCCCCGCCGAUUCCCGGCCGUUCACGCCGGCGACGCACGCCAUCCAGAUUCGUGCCGCGCCCGUCGUCGACGCCACCUGCACGCGCCGCCGCGCGGCAGCAGGCGCGGCGAACGGCGCGCCGGCGGAGCAGCUGCGCGCCUCGCCCGGCCCCGACGGCGCGCCAGAAGAUAACACCCCCCCUCGGCUGGCGGGCCUGACGAGAGCCGCCAGCGUCACGCUAGCGAAGGUCAAGGAGCCUAUCGUCAGCAUGUUCCUGACGCAGGACCAGGACGCCGUGGAGGAGGAGCGCUACGCGCGGGCGCGCGAGGCCGGCCUGCGCGACCGCUUCCGAGCGCCCCGCGCCCUCGCGAUCGGAGAUGUAGUUCCAGUAUUCUUUAGGAAGCCGCCAAGCCCCUUCUCCGGGGCGCCCGGGCGCCGGCGCGACGAGGCCGCGGGGGCCACCGACGGCGCGGAGGGCGACGCGCCGCUCGCGGCGGCCGCGUGGCAGGACGUCGCGCUGGAGCGCGGGUGGCAGUUUGCAUGCUUCCGCGUCACGCGCAUCGAACCGGAGACGUCGAAGGGCGCCGACAGGGCGUCGAUGAUGCGCGCGGUGUUCGGGGGCGCGCCGUGCGUGGUGGUGCCGCGCGAGACGAAGCUCGUCGUGGCCGGGCAGGUGCAAGCAAUACUCCCCCCUGGCUUGAGGGGGUACUGCGGGGCGGAGCUGUGGGGGCGGGCGGGGAAGGCGCGGCGGCCGCACGACUGGACUGCGCCGCCGAAGGGCUGGCACAGGACGCUGUCGGAGCUGCAUCCGCGGACGCCGCUGCUCGGGUGGCUGGCGUCGGGGCCGCGGGCGGCGACGCCGUGGCUGCCCGGUGUGGGCCCGCUGGCGCCGACGUGGCGCGCGCUCGCGGAGAUCCUCGCGCCGAUCUACCACCCGGACACCGCGAUCGGGCUCACGGCGAGCAUUCUGCUCACGGGACCCCCUGGGUCCGGCAAGGACGUCGCGCUGCGGGCCGUCGCGCACGCCCUCGGGCUCAACAUCAUCCCCCUGGAAUGUCAGUCCCUGGCCGACUCCUCCCCCUCCGAAACGGAGCUCGCCGAGUUCAUCAAGCAGCACGUCCAGGAGUCCCGCGGCUUCCCGCCCUGCCUCGUCGUCUUCCGCAACGUCGGCGCCCUCGCGCAGCCGCUCCCGGGGGACCACGCGCACAACCCGGCCACCGCGCAGCACGCCGACGCGACCGGGCGCGGGCCCCCGCACGUCAUGGCGCAGCUCCGGCGCGCCGUGAGCGAGUGCGGCCGCUUCGCGCGCCCGCAGGACCGCGUCGUCAUCGCGGCGACAGCGGAAAUGGCGUCCGACGUCCCGGCGCCGUUGCGGGCCAUCUUCACGCACCACCACCGCUGCGAGCCGCUGCCCGGCGGCGGCGGCGGCCGCGCGUCAGUCCUCGGGCCGCCGCUCGCGUCGGUCGGGUUCAAGCCGUCCCCGGAAGCGUGGGACGUCCUCCAGAAGGGGUCGGCGGGGCUGUCGUUACGAGACCUCUCGGCGCUCACGGCAGGGCUUGCUCUCGCGCCUGCGCGCGGCGGGGAGGGUGCGGAGCGGACGGUGGACGCGGGGGAGGCGGACGUGGCCGCGACGCGGGUGCGGGGGGCUCUGCGGCGUGGGUUUGGCGGCGUCGAGGUGCCUGAGGUGCGCUGGGCGGACAUCGGGGGCCUGGACGACGCGCUCGCGAUCGUGCGGAAGGCGCUGAAGCCGCCGCACGCGUCCGCGGGCGGCCGCCGCAUCCGGCCGCGGAGCGGGGUGCUGCUCUUUGGUCCCCCGGGGACCGGCAAGACGCUCACGGCGAAGGCGAUCGCAACAGAGAGCGGCAUGAACUUCCUGAGCGUCAAGGGCCCCGAGCUGCUCGACAUGUACAUCGGGGAGUCCGAGCGCAAGGUCCGCGAGGUCUUUUCGCGCGCGCUCCAGGCCGCGCCGUGCGUUCUCUUCUUCGACGAGCUCGACUCGCUCGCGCCGCGCCGCGGCGCCGGCGGGGACUCCGCGGGCGUGAUGGACCGCGUCGUGUCGCAGCUGCUCGCCGAGAUGGACAGCGUUCACCAGGCGGACGCCUCGGGCGGCACGGGAAUCAACGUCGUGGUCAUCGGUGCUUCCAACCGCCCGGACUUGCUCGACCCGGCGCUGACGCGCCCGGGGCGCCUGGACACGUCCGUGUACGUGUCGCUGCCGCGCGGCGUCGCGGGCCGCGCGCAGGUGCUGCGGGCGCUGACGCGGAAAUUCGCGUUUGCUGAGGACGUGGAUUUCGAGGCCGUGGCGGCGCUGGCGAGCGAGCGGGCGAGCGGCGCGGACCUGUACGGCGCGUGCGCGGACGCGUGGAUGCGGGCGGCGCGGCGGCGGAUCAAGGAGUCGCAGGCGGAGGGCGGGGGGGAGUUAGUGGGGCCUGUCGCGGUGACGCAGGAAGACAUGAUGGGCGCCGUGGCGGUGAUGGCGCCGUCGGUGUCGGCGGAGGAGCUCGAGCGAUACGAGGCGAUAGCGAGGGAGCACGCGGGGCCGCUCGCCGUGUAA